AUGACGGAUGGAGACGUGUUUGCGUUAAAGGAUCAAACUGUGGUCCGCGGUCUGCUGCGGGACUACAGGCGGUUGACUCGGUUGUACUGCAUGAAUGGCGGACACCACCUUCAGCUCCUCCCCGAUGGGACAGUGCACGGCCAGAGGGAUGACAGGGACCUUCACACCGUUUUAAAGCUCACAGCUGUGGAUCAAGGCGUCGUUGUCAUCCAGGGAGCAGAAACCAGGCGAUAUCUGGCCAUGAACGACGAGGGGCGUUUGUAUAGUUCACCCACCGUAACUGAUGAGUGUUACUUCCUGGAGAAGUUGGAGGAGAACCACUACAACACAUAUCAGCCACAGAAAUAUCAGGAGAGGAACUGGUACGUAGGACUGAAAAAGAACGGAAAACCUAAACUGGGUCCGAGAACCCACAUUGGACAGAAAGCCAUCUUCUUCCUCCCCCGAGUGCUGGAUUAA